UAUUUAUAAACAUUGAGUGCAGCUGCUGCCAAGGAGUAGCCAGAACGAUCAUACAAAGAAUUCAACAGUUUCCAUCGUACGGGCCGUUUCACGCAUGGACGCGUAUCACACGCGACGUGUACCGUACGAGUACGUUUUCAUUUACAUUGGUUAAAUUCAUCGGUGCCACUCCGUCACUCCGACGAUAUUCCCUCGCCGGUAUGGUGCGUAUAUGAACUUAUCAAUGUAAACUAAAACGCACGCGUACGAUACGCGUCCAUGUGAAACGGACCUAACUGAUAUCAAUUAUAACAACGGAAGUAAUCUUAUCAAUGUCAACAUUGUCAACAACGAGCCGCCGCGCCGCGAAGUUAUGAAACAAAUUUAAUAGUUUUUUUUUUUAUUAUUAUUAACUCGCGGCUACUUAGAUCAUUGGGUGGUUUUUAACUGUGGGGGAGGGUAUACUGUAGGUUUUUGUAAACACAUAUGUGUUUUAGUUUGGCAGAUUUUCAAAUUGGGCACCCGUAGGUUUUUGCCAUGCCCGAUCGGUGGAUGGUGGCCUCCCUCUCCAAACAGAUGUCUGCCCGGUGAGAAGUGCCGCCCGUGACCGAGAUUCGAACCGGCAACGGUGCGCGUCGCAACCGACGCCUUAGUGGCUUAGUCCACUCGGCCACUCCGUCCCCCAAAAAUUUAAUAGCGUUAUGUGAAUAAAAUCGGAUUCUUAUGAACCAAGUUAAUGAUUUUAUGCGACAAUGCUCGGCGCCGAGCUCCGCGUGCGUUCUUAUUGUCGGAUCAAAUGGCUAUUACGUAUAUUUAUGUGAUGCCGGUCUUUGUCGGAACCGAAUCUCAUGUUAAAGCAUCAAACUGGCAUUGUUAAAUACAAAAACAGUAUUAUAAAUACGUAAUUAUCGUAUUAUAUUUAUGAAAUUUGUUGUGUGUGUUUAAGUGGUUCCCGGAGCAUCCCAGCCCCCCAACCCCUAUUUGAGCCUAUGGAUUUUAUUUGCCACUUUAUUUGGCAUAUUCGUAAUUAAACAAUACCAAUAGCUGGUAUACUGCUGUACGCGAGGUGCGAACACAGUACUUAAUAACUAACAACAGUAGUCAGUAGUAAACUAAUAACACACUAAUAAACUAAUACUAGUAAUAAUUACAAUUAUAUUACCUACCUACAUAUAAUAAAAUAUAACAAAUUUAUGGUAUAAGGUGGUUUAAUUAAGCGAUAGUUGUUAACGAAAUUAAACAAAUAAUAAAUACGUGAAGUAGUGAAGUCGUGAAAUAGGUAGCAAUAAUGAAAUGCGUCGCGUACACGAAAUGGAGUGGGGGAACCGGUCAGCACGACAACACGAGGUGCGGCCGCCGUGAUUCCAGAUUUCAUUAAAAAGUUUGCACGUUUCCUUUAACAACUUAAUUUCUAACAGUUUACGAUUUCGAUAAUUUUCGCAAAAGGAUCAGCUGCACAAUUUUUCUGAUUUUUUCCAAUUUAUUAGGUGUUAAUUGAUUCGGUAGAUAAUUAGUUAGGUUCGGCUAAAAAACAUCAAAAUGUGCACUGUUUAAACGGGCAACUCCUGCUUCCAGAUAAUAAUAUACACUGUCGUGCCGCCGCUAUGUUUUUUGUUACUUAACUCGCGCUGGUUAAGCUUAGUGGCGAUGUAUAUUAUUUUGUUGUUGCAAUAUAAUACUUAUUUCAAUAUGAAACAAUUAAUUCAAGCGAUUGCUAAAUUGUUGGUGCAUAAGCAAAUUAUUGUUAUUACACAUUUUUAAGCAUAUUAUUUCAUCAAAAAUGCAUUAAAAUGGAUGCGCAAAAAUGCGGCAUCGAGUUACAAAUUAUACUAUAUUUCUAAUGACGUUGACAAUGGAACAUUUAUUGGGAUUUUAUCACGACCCGAAGAAGGGUAUCCAGACCUCGUAGUUGCAUACACUUUCCCGGGAAAUGAAGAACAAUUCCAAAGGAUGCUGUUUAGCACUGAGUACAUCAACUGGCAGAAGAAACCACUAUUCCAAGCUGUACCGUUGAGGAUGAAGGCCAUCGUGGAAACGAUAAUUGAGGAAAAGGGAUUGAAGAGUAAACUAUACUUCAAUGCUGUGCUUAAGUGGAUGCCAGCCGAUGUAGCCGCCAGAUUAGACUAUGAGAUUCCAGAUGAUGUUUUUAUUGACCAAUUGAGCGUGGAUCAUAUAGACUUUAUUUAUUCGCUAUGGACUCACAGCGACGUUUACCCCAAGUCCGAUCUUUGGGAUACAGUAAGGUUCAACAUUGGUUUAGGUGUAUUCAGCCGGCUUAAUGGCGAGCUAUUGGCGUGGGUCAUGUGUGGCAGUUAUGGAGGUCUUAGUACUUUGAUGGUUCAGCCAGAUUACAGAGGACGUGGAUUUGGUAAGCUGAUUUUGUUGGCAGUCACAAAGGUAAUGGGUGAGAGUGGCGUCUCUCCUUAUGGACUUAUUAAUGAAAAGAACAAAGUUUCGUUGGGUCUAUUUAAGAACGUUGGCUAUGUCAAACAUUCAACGCCAUUACCAUGCAUAGAAGUCGAAGAUCCGGAUUCUAGUGGGCCAUAAAUACCGGGACAAUUAUCUUGGCAUUUGCCCCAACCAUUGGAUUCAAAAAUAUGCAUUAUUCGUUUAAUGAAAGUUUGAAUUCCACCAAGUGAGAAGAGACCACCAUAGCGGUAACAAUGACGAAUUAUGCAGAAACUGCUAAUAUUAUAAAGAUUAAAGAAUAAUGAAAAUUAUUUUAUUUUUUUUAAUCAUAAUUAAUUAAUUUUAUUUUUAUACAGUUUAGAUUGAAUUAAUUUUUGUUGAAAACGUUGCAUUUUAUAAUGUCAUUGUGUCGAUUUGUGUUAUCUAAUAUCAAUAAAAUAUAAUAUUAUAUCAAUAUACAUAGGCACGUUAAAAUAUUAUGUAUUUUUGAAUAGCUAUAUAUAGUCUAUAAAUAAAAACAACUUAUUAAGAA